AUGCGGUCGAUCGCUGCCGCCGGCGCCGCCUCAGCCGCCGCUGCCGCCAAUGCCGCCGCUGCCGCCGGUGCCGCCGGUGCCGCCAUCGCCGCCGCCCCCGCCGCCAUCGCCGCCCCCGCCGCCGUCGUCGGCUCCCCCAACUAUGCGGUCGGCCCCCCUGCGCUGAUUAACGGCCUCCCUCCUUCCAUCGCCGCUCUGGGACCACAGAUCGCUGCCGCCGGCGCCGCCUCAGCCGCCGCUGCCGCCAAUGCCGCCGCUGCCGCCGGUGCCGCCGGUGCCGCCAUCGCCGCCGGCCCCGCCAUCGCCGCCGCCCCCGCCGUCGUCGCCGCCCCCGCCGCCAUUGCCGCCGCCCCCGCCUACGCUGUCGGUCCCCCCGCGCUGGUCGGUGGCAUCGCUCCCUCGAUCGCCGCCCUGGGCCCAGCGGUGGCUGGUGCUCCUGGGGCCCUGGCUGCCGCCGCCCACCUGCAGGCCAAGGCUGCCCUGCUGGGCUGA